CUGCCCUGCCGAUCUCACAGUGGUACCGCCAGACCCCGAGGCAGACCUGGCGAAUACGGCCGUCCCAACGACAGAGAACGGUGACACGGAGACAGCAUCCACGUGCGUCAGCGCCGACGCCGAGGAGCAGGCCAACCUGAGCCAGCCACGGCAGGGUGACACGGGCGCUGAUUUCUCGACAACGGAGGCCGCUACGAAGCGCAAAAGACCGAGCGACAGGGACGAUCCGUUCCCCAAGCGCCGAAAGGUUCAACUCGAGGCAGUCGAGAUCAAGCUGACUGUGGAUGCGCUAUCAUACCUCUUGGGUGCGGAUCACUGCUCUUGGGUGCACGAGACGACGGGGGAAAGCUCUGUAGUAGCGUUUAAUAAUCUGCAAGAGACUUCGCGGGUGAAAGUGCGCGUGCUCGACGUGCAGUCAGACCGAAAGGGUCAAACCAUCUGGUUGCAGCCCGACAACGGAAAGAGACAGUGGAAGUGGCGAGACACCAGGAAGGGGUCCGUUUGA